AUGAAAGUUGCAGCAAUCAAUUUGCGUUUUCAGCUCUCUGCUUAUUGUCACGGCAGCGCCCCCACUUUCUCCGUUUCUCCCUCCGUCGCCAUCCUGUCACCACCGCAGAAUUUUUGGUUGCUGGUGUUGUUUUCUUCAAUAUUUGAGUUGGAGAAGUUGAUUUAUAUUCACGUUUUGAGGUUGGGAGAAUCUUUGUAUGAAUCAGAUGAUGUAGAUAGUGGCUAUAGGGACGCAACAAACGAUUGGUAUUUGUUGAAACAAAACGAUGGUAAUAAUGGUGUUGAGAUUCAAUUCUCGAGAGUUUUCGAGGAUAUAAAUCAAGUUAACCACCCAGGUCCUGCACUUGUGGGCGCCGAUUGUGCAGUUAUUGGUUCUUUUAUUUACGUCAUCGGUGGCCGCAGUAACCUGACUGAGAUAUAUUUGGCGCGCUGUGGUGGUGAUGGGUGCAAGGAGAUACGGUGUCUAGACACGAGAAAUGCUAGAGAUGGUUGGAAGACUUGUUUUGCUUUGCCAUUCGCUUUCAGUGGAGGUAGGUCUGCCGUUGUUGACGGUCGUUGGUUGUACCUGUUUGCUGGUAACCGCCAUGAUGGUUUUCGCAACCCGGACCCUUGGGGUUUUGCUUUGAAUGUUGUUGACAGCAACAAAGGUGAAGUCGAAGUAAGAAAGAUAAUCAAACCGCAUUUAUCUCGUUUUUAUCCAAUUGCUUCAGCAUCUUUGUCCCCAGAUGAUGGAAUUCUUUAUACGUACGAUACUAUAAACAUGCGCUUGGAUUCCUAUGAUGUUGCAAACAGAAAAGAACUUCCUUCGGUUGAUCUUCCCCGGUCCUUUUGGUUUGGUCGUGAGGAAGAUGUCGAGCUCAUUGUCCUUGCUAAGGACAGGUUCUGCGUUAUAUGGCAUGAUGAUGGUUAUGAUGUCAAUGAAAUAUGCAUUUAUUAUACUAGAUUCUCAGUUUCUUAUGAUCUACCUAAGACCACUGCCACUGUUGAGGAUAGCAGGGCUUUUCCAAUCAGAGGCGUCGAAAUACUCAAUAUUGUAACUCUGGAUCCACAUUCAGAUGCAAUGGCGAAUGACUUGAGCUGCAACAGUGGAGUUGAUAAUUAGAAGUUGGUAGGGACAAACAAUGAUGAAACGUGUGAUUGGAGGAAUUUACAAGUUUUGGCAGUUCAUAUGAGUAAUUGGAGAAACCUAGUUGAAAUUUGGUUAGAAUAAGAAAGUAAAUCAUAUGAUUUGCAAACUGGCAACUCUAAUUUAGCUUCUGUAUGAAGUGUGGUCAUCUUGCAAAAUAAGAUAUGUUUUUUCAUGUUGAUUUUCUGUACGGCCAUAUUUGAGGUUCUGUGUGGAUAUGGCAAUGAUGAUUGCUUUUCA